AAAGUACUGGAGAAACGUGCAACAUCUUAAUGUAUUGUUUAAAAUGCUACAAGAACGGCAGAACGAAUAAAUCGCAGGCAAAUGAUGCUGACUCAUCAUGGUGAAUGAGGUGAUUCAGCACAUGGAGAGCCAGGACAGGAAGUGAACACCCUCUUUUUUUGACCUGUCUGCUGAUUAAUUAUGCAUCAGCAGCAACGGGGAGGAGUCAGAUUACGCAUUAAGUCCGACACAAACACGAGAUGCUGCAGUUUGAACUGACAAAUACCAAAGAUCAACACUUCCUUUUAGAGCUGAUUAUCUUUUUUGAGGGUACCUUUGUAAAACAUGACAAUGGGAGCUGGAUGGGACAAUCGUGGAGCGGUCGAGAGAAGCAUGUUCAUUAUGCGGAUGCUGCUGAGCCUGUUUCCUCUGGUCCUUGUGGUCUGGAAUGGUGAGGCGUUACCUGUACCAAACAAACUAUCACAAACCAAUGAGAUACUUACCAAAGACCAAAAGGACUUGUUGAAGAUGAUGAUGACAGAUAUGGCAGAGCUGAACCUCACUAGUAAAGAACUAGCUGAUCUUGACCCUGAUUUUCUGAAUGGCACUCUGGGAGAGAAUUCUGUUGUUGAACAGCCAAUCCCUAAAAAUAAAUCUCCAUGCAAGCUCUUCUUCUGGAAGACCUUCUCCUCAUGUUAAAACUGGAAAACAGAACAGACACUGAUGAUACGUCUGUUGAAAUCUACAGUCCUACCUUUACAGUUUGCCAAUAUAACCAUACAUUGUAUUUAAAUCAAUAUGUAUCCAUUGGCUUGCUGUUCUUGUGUUGUAUUUUAUGCCUGAAGACAUUUACAGUGUGAAACAGCUUGUUUGAAUUAACAGCAAUCUUCAAAUAAUACAGUAGUCUUUUGCAUGUACACUUUAUACUGUUUGUCACCCAAGUCCAAAGAAACGUGUAAUAAAAGUUCUACAAAUCUC